AUUUCCUGUUUCCUAGCAACAAGAGCAAUGUGGAAACGGGGAUGGAAGAAAAAAAGACAAUUGGAAAGGGGGUUGCCCUUUUCUUAAAAUUAACGUUUUUAAAUUGAUGAAUAGAAACAUAUCCUCGGGAGUCUUGCAUUGUAUCGGUUCUGCUACAGCUCAUUCAAACUCAGAUCAUUCUUUCCAAAAUUUGUGGAGCCUAUUCACCACAUCCCCUCCCGUUAUUACCAUCCUGGACGCUCUUUGGAUCUUAUUGUAAAGAACUAUUUUCUUUUUAUAUGGGCUACAAAGUCAUCUAAUGCAUUUCCCUUCUGCACAUUCAUACAUACUGUUUCUGGUGCACUUAAGUCAAUUAUCUUGUAAUGGCACUGCAAGACCCUGGCAGGACAACAGGAUUUCCUUGCAAACAAUGCGGCCUGAUAUUUCCCAACAUGCCCAGUCUGCAGGAGCACGUAAUUGUUCACCUUCAACAAGAGGAAGAUCGCAGGUUUAAAUGUGAUGAAUGUGGACGCGGUUAUAGGCAUGCUGGUAGCCUAGCUAACCACAAAAAGACUCAUGAAGUAGGCUCUUUUCAGUGUGACAUAUGUGGUAAAGAAAAUUCUAAUGCUUUGGCCCUGAAGAGUCAUCUCCGGAUUCACAAUUCACAGAAAAAAUACUCUUGUGAUGAAUGUGGGAAAGCUUUUCGCCUGGCAACCCAGCUGGCUACACAUGAAAGAGUUCAUCUUGCCAGGCGAGUAAAGGAGCAGUCCUAUAGGAAGGUAGACACAGAAUAUCUCUCAGAUGAAACUGAAAACGAUCAACCACAAGCCCCAACUGAGUAUUCCAACAGUGUGGAGGAUUCUGCAGAGAUCAGCCCAGUUGAGGAAAAGACUGAGGUUGUUUAUCAUCUACAGUCCGAGACCUCAGAUGAUUCAGCAAAUCGACCUUUUAGAUGUGAUUUAUGCGACAAAUCAUACCUACACCACCGAAGCCUGACCAAUCAUAAAAAGACUCACCAAGUGGGAAUGUUUGAGUGCACAGUGUGUUUCAAACUGUUUAAUAACAUGGCUGCACUUUACAGCCACCAGAGAACUCACAAGUCCAGAAGUGGGUCAGACCCAGGUUCAGUGGGUGGGUCAUACACAGGCACGCCACUGAACCAGUUUUCACCUCAGAGCCAAGAUGCUCCUGUUAAUUUUUGUCAUCUGUGUCAGGUUCUUUUCCCAAAUGAUGAGGAGUUCCAGGAACACAUACAAAUGCAUAACUCCUCAUCUUUGACAUCUGGGCCUCAGGAUACCUUAUCAGAGAACCACAAUAUGUCAUAUGAAAACAGUAUUGCUUCACCUGAGUCAAGUUUUUAUGCAUCUCCUUUAAACAAUGUUCCUUCAGUAUCAUCUUUAGAUAAUCCCGGAGGCUUUGAUCAGCCACAGGAGCAUGUUACAAGAAACGGUUAUCUGUACCCGGACUGCUCCAAAAAUCAGAUGCUAUCUUCCAGUUGCACUCAGGGAGAAAAUAUCAUUGUAGACCCAAGCAUUCUCAACCCUGCCCUGACACACGCACACAUCACAGACGAUGCAACUGAAAUAGAAGAGACUUCAACUGUAGAUUCUGAUGAGCGUCCCUUCAAGUGUCAAGUCUGCUGUAAAAGCUACCGCCACUCUGGGAGCCUCAUCAACCACAAAAGGUCCCAUCAGGUCGGGAUUUACCAGUGUUCUAUCUGCAGGAAGAGUUAUCCCCACCUUGCUGCCCUCAAAAGUCACCUCCGCGUCCAUAAAGCUCAGUCGUCAUCUUUUAGCCUCCUCACUGAGGAAGACUGGCUCUCUUCAGAGCCUCUGACUCUGGACAACCAACAGAGCUGCUUGUCCUCUCAAGAGGAGGGGGAGGAGGGCACUCACCAUGCACUUGGUAUGGAUCAGGAGAACGGAGCAGACCACAGCAAUGGAGCUUUAUACCAUGAGCAGUUUAAUCAGGAGUUUUCCCAGGAUAUGACAGUGCAUCUACCUCACGAUGAACACCUGAUGCAGCGGCACAUGUGUGCAGACUGUGGUGAGACAUUUUCAGAUAUUGCAGGAAUUAAGUCUCACAGUUGCCCUUUGCUACUGCAGCAGCAGCAUGAAGCUACUAGCAGCGACUAUGACAGCAGUAUACAUUUUCAGGAAAGUAAUGGUCACUGUGCAGGUGGGAAUCCAGUUAGUAAUGUAGAGUACCAUGGUCUGAAAGUUAGCCAUGACCAAAGUUAUUUUGAACAGGAUUUCCAUGAAAAUUUGAACAGCGGUCAGCUGAAUGGUGGUGGGGAAGGUGAAGAUGCUGACGAGGAGGAGGAGGAUGAUGAUGAUGGGGAUCUGUAUCAAUGUUCCAUAUGUGGAAAUAGCUACACCAGCAUGAGGGCUCUCAGAAGCCAUCUGCGAGGUCACACACAGUCUCAUGGUACUCCUGCAAGCUCAGGGCCCUCAUCCAUGUCCUCCCAUGAAGAAAUUAAAGAUGAAGAGCCUGGAGAGAUGAUGAUUUGUAGCACAUGUGGAGAAAGUUUUGCCAACAGACAAGACUUAAUAACUCAUCAGCUUCUACACAACAAGGACCAGGUGGCUAAUGUUGAUAAUUUGCAGAUGAACAACAGUGAUGUGUCUGCAGGCAAGGAGGAAGCACAAAGUAUCAUUUGUGGCAGCUGUGGGAUUUUCUGCACCAGCUACCAUCAUCUUGACAACCAUGGCUGCACAGCUGAGGGGACAGAUGAGUUGACACACUGUAAAGAGGAAAUGAAAGUUAACAGUGUUGCCCGAAACGAAGACACCACUCCUCUAAAAGAAACUAUAGAUGCUAAACGUCGUCAGUACAAGUGUGAUCAGUGUGGGCGGUCAUACAGACAUGCCGGCUCCCUUCUUAACCACAAAAAGUCCCACAAAACAGGUGUGUUCAGAUGCCUCGUCUGCCAGAAACGCUUCUACAACCUGCUGGCCCUAAAGAACCACCAGAGGUCACACUUUGAUAUUAAAAGGCACACUUGCCACGAGUGUGGGAAAGCCUUCAAAAUUCAGAAGCAGCUAUUGAAUCACCUGAGGAGGCACAAAGAGAACCAGGCCAAAAUCCAGGAACUCAACAACCAGAUCCAGACCCUCAUGCAGAUGAAUGGGACAAAAUCCGACGGAGGAAUGCAGUCUUUAACUUCAAAUGCAAGUCAGGCCUUUAGCUCAACUCGACGCUGCAGGCAACCACGCGAGGCAAAGGUUGGACAGACAAAGUGUGAGACUUCAGUCAAAUCAGAGGACACAGGUGACGGACGGCCCUUCGCCUGUGACCAGUGCGGGCGUACUUAUCGCCAUGCUGGAAGUCUGGUCAACCAUAGAAACUCCCAUAAAACAGGUGAAUAUUACUGCUCUGUUUGUAACAACACUUACUCCAACCAGCUGGCAAUGAAGAACCACUUGCGCACCCACUUUGCAUUCAAAAGGCACUCUUGCCAAAACUGUGGAAAAGGUUUCAGAGGAAAGAAGCAGCUAUUAGCCCAUGUUUGUGCAGACCAUCGAAAAGACGGGACAGCAGGCAGGAGGAGUCUAAAAUCCAGAGCGUUUAAGUGUAAGGAAUGUAAGCAGGCCUUCUUUUCUGUGGAGCAGCUGACAGAACACACCUGUGAUGAAGCUUCAGGCAGCGCUGAUACACAAACAAACAGGUCCUCGAUCAAAGAGGAGCGGCCUUUUACAUGCAACAUAUGUAAUCGCAGCUACCGCCACGCGGGCUCACUCCUGAACCACAAAAACACCCACAAGACGGGACACUUCAGCUGCACCUUCUGCUCUAAACCCUUCACCAACCCCAUGGCUCUACGGAAUCACACACGCAUCCACACGCAGAAGAAAAAGUACGUGUGUCUCACGUGCGGAAAGGCCUUCCGCCUUGCCAGUAUUCUGCACAACCACCAGAGGGUCCACAACCGAGCGACUAGUCACUUCAGCUGCCCCGCGUGUGGAAAGAGCUUUCAGGGCGGAUCCGGUCUGAAGAGGCACCGCUGCCGCCGAGGUCAAGAGAACUCAGUGAGAGCUGUAAUCCAGCAGGCAGAGAGAGGAGACAAGUGCUUCAUGUGUGACCUGUGUGGGCGCUCCUAUCGCCACGCUGGAUCCCUCCUCAACCAUAAAAAGACUCACUCGGAAAACCUCCACCACUGCACCCUGUGUCUCCAGACGUUUCCUGAUCCUCUGACUCUACAGAUCCACUCCCAGAUGAGGCGUCACUGCUGCCCUGAGUGCGGCAAGACCUUCUGUCUGGUGUCACACCUGCAGAGCCAUAUGGACGUUCACUCAAAGGAACAGUCUUUAGUCUGCAGCCUCUGCCAGCAGACGUUUCCUGACACAGCCAGCUACCAGCAGCACCAGGAACUGCACCACGGGGCUGAUGACACCUAUGAACAUGGCGUGGGUGAACCUGUAGAUAACAACAUCCUCUGGGACUCAGGAAUAAGUCAGACCAUGGGGAUUGACGGGAUGCACAAGCAGGUUCCACCACCUUUGUCUCAUAUCCCAGAAAGCAUCACAAAUUCACAGAUGAGUAACGACCCUGCCGGCACAGAAGACAAGAGCCACGUUUGCGAGCACUGCGGCCGCACAUACCGCCACGCCGGCUCCCUCCUCAACCACAAGAACAGCCACAAGACCGGCUCCUUCUCCUGCUCCGUGUGUCAGAAGGAGUUCACCAACCUGAUGGCUCUGAAGAACCACCGGCGCAUUCACACAGAGCCAAAGCGCUACCAGUGUCUGGAGUGCGGGAAGGCGUUCCGCGUGUCCACUCAGCUCAUUUGUCACCGACGGAUUCACACCAAAGAGAAGCCCUUUGCCUGCCUGCUGUGUGACAAGAGCUUUUCUAGCAAAUCCAACCUGCGCCACCAUCAGAAGUUGCACCAGAACGCCCAGAACUAUGACAACUCUUUUGGCAUGGAUGCUAACUCCUUUAUGGACUUGGACAUAGGGUCUUUCCUCUGAAGAAAACUCCUGACUGUUAAAGAAAAGAGGCCUUGUGAUCCUCUUUGUUUUAUCUCUUCAUUAUCCCUCUUAUCAAGAAUUGUAAAACUUUUAUUUUUCAGAAAGUGUUCCUUGGUCCUGACAAAAUCUUCUUUGAAGACUUUUUCUUUCAUGGAAAGAGUCUUACCUCCUCAGUCUUACCUCCUCAACAGUCGGUGUCAUUGCUGAAAGUCUCCAGAGUGUUUUAUCAGUCAGGCCUGAAUGUUUUCACCGAAUACACACGAUCCUAGAAAAGACAAUGUUCGAUGGUCUACUCUCUCCUCAAUGACAAACCAACCAAAGUGAACAGAGAAUUGCAGCCCAGGUUCAUGUAAAAACAAGAAGUGAUUUUUGUAAGACAGUACUGUUCCUAUGUUGAUCCCUCCUCUCUUACUGUGUAUAACUGUAUUCAGUGCCUCUGUAGGUUCCUUAGGAAACAACAUGUUCAAACGAUAUUUAUCUCUGCAUCCUUUUUGUUAGCCUUGCCGUCAGUUGCGGAGGACUGCUCACUUUCCUUUGGGGUCAAAUAGGGCAGGCCUGUUAUUCUAAGUCGAAUACCUCUGGGGUUUGUCUAAAGGUCAGGAGUGAAGAAGUGUUAGAAAUCAUAUAUCAAGUAAAUAGUCAAACUGCUAAUAAUAUUCAUGUUGAGUGACAUCGUAUGCUAAAAAUGGAUGUAUUUAUUAAUUUAUUACCGUUAUUUUCUGUGUAUAUUUUAUUAGAAAAUAACUUUAUAUGAAUGUUGUACAAACUGUCUUCUAAAAAUCAUGUAGCCUUUAAGAAGCUUCAUCGUCGAUUUGUAUCUUCUUCUCAGUUAAAUCAGGCGGGAGAGAACGAGGCCUGUGUUGUUUGCAGCGCUCAGGGUAAAACCUUCAAAAGGAACCAACCUGAUGUGAGGAACUUUGUAGAUAAUCAGUUACUGAACUAAGCAUAGCAUUUAUAUUUCACCCGUGCCAUUUAUACACUGGUCUUCACUCCAUGUUACAGUUACAGCUCCAUGUGCAGUGCAUGCUGUUGGAUCUUUGAGAAGCAGAAUCAGUUAUGUUUUAAGUGCCAGUGCCUCAAAUAUGAAUCAACUGUAGCAGUUUAAUGUCAACAAACCUCCUCUUACUGUUCUAGUGUUGAACAGUAACACACGUUAAUAUUGUGUGGGUACAUUAUGAGAGUCUUUAAAUGCAUCUACUGAUGAGUGUACCUUCUCCACCACACACUAUCAAAAUGUUUUAAAUUUGUCAUUAACAAAAGCAUUGCA